AUGUCUACCCUCUUGCUCCUGAAAGGAGGAGCACGUGAAUACAUGCGACAUUGGAUUACCGAUAUAAACGAAAAUAACAAGGCACCAGGAACUUGGGCAGAGUUCAUCACUGAACUUCGCACAGCAUACGAAUCAUUGGACAAGGAUGACAAGAAGCGAACGGAGUUAGAAGCCUUCGCAACCAGUACAGGCUUCUCGGAUCAGGACUUGAUCGAAAAGAUCAAGAAACAUAUUCCAGAGAAAACAUGGCUGCUCAUGCUGGCAGACACGACCAAGGACAACUGGCCCAAGAAAUGGACCGAGUUCCUUACAUUCGCACUUCAGAUAUUUACAUCACUACAACGAGAAGGCCACCAUGCCAAGGCCGAAACCAAGGACCCGAAUGCUAUGGAGGUUGACGCAGUCAGAAAGAAGGGGAAGAGUAAAUCGGGCAAAGCGCGAAGCGUACAAGAUGACAAGUUGAUUUGUGCCAACUGCAAGAAGAACAAACCAAUGUUCUUCAAAUCAUCAAAACGGUUUGACAAGUAUUGCACCGAUUGUUUCAAAUUGGACCAUGUCAAGAGGCAGAUUGAGAAGGAGAAAGAGACAGCUGCGAAGAAGAAGGAUGUGAAGAAAAAGGACGAUGACAAGAAGAAGUCAAAGUCAUCCAAGACGCGACAGGUGGUAUCUGAUUCCACUUCAUCAGAUGCAGAGAGCGAAAGCUCUGACACUGAAGAAGAGAAGAAGCAAAAGAAGAAGAGCUCUUCCUUUAAGACUAAGGGGAAGGGUAAGGAGACAGCUGCGCAUAUUAGUGACCGCAGCAUCCACUCGGAAAGCGAGCCUGAUGCAUCUGAGUCAGACAAAGAUUUUGCCACGAUCCUCUCAAGGCUCAGGUGCCAGAGGGCAAAUGGAUCCAGUUUAUCAAGGAAGGCGGAAGAGGGCUCUUCAAAAAGGGAUCGGAAGGGUUUUCUCAAAGGGGAUCUGUAG